AUGGAGAAGGGAGAGAAACCAAAUACAGUUACAUACAAUGCUUUAAUUUGUAAGUAUAACAAGACAAGAAAGAUGAAAGAAGCUUAUAGGCUAAAAGAUGAGAUGGAAGACAAAGGGAUAGUGUCAGAUACAUAUACAUACACAUCUCUUAUACAUGGGAAAAGUGUUUAUGGGAAUGUAGAUGAGGCACUAAAACUGUUGGAUGAAAUGUCUCGCAAGGGUUUAGUUCAGGCUGUAGUCACUUACACCGCUAUGAUAUCAGGCUUGUCUGGGGAAGGAAGAUUAGAUGAAGCGUUUAGAUUGUAUGAUGAGAUGAAAAAGUCGUGCCUAACACCUAAUGAUAAAGAGGGUAAUAAUGGAGAUAACGACAUAGAUGAGUCGCACCCUAUUGUUCUAGUGGAUUCAAAGGAGGCUCGAAUUGUUGCUUAUGUAGACAAAACACCAUUUUCAGAGCCCCAAGACGUGGAGUAUACUUAUGAAUACAAUUCGGAAUUUGUUUUGGGUGAUGGCACUCAUCAAGGGUUGGGAUUCCAUUCUGAACCUGAAGGAACCCCAAAUGGAAUUGGAGGGUCCUUGAAGCAAAUGGAAGAUCAAGAGUUGUCAUCUUCUGAGAAGGAAAUGGAUGCUGAUGAGGGUAUUAGUUGUAAGGUAGGUCAGAUGCGUGAAGAAGCUUUGGAUGUGGUGUCACCUCCAAAAAACAAUUCGGGGUUUUUGUCAAUUGGAGGCAUAAAAUUGUACACCCGGGAUAUAUCUGAUGAGGAAGGUAAUGAGGAUGACUAUAGGGAGUCACUAGAUGAGGGAAGCACAGAAGCAUCUGAGCCUGGAGAAGUGGUGGGAUCAUCUGAAAGUGAUGGUUCUGAUGACUCAUCUGAUAGUGAUUCAGAUAUUGAUGCAGAAAUUGCAAAGGAUUACUUAGAAGGAAUUGGUGGAAGCGACAAUAUUUUGGAAACCAAACGGUUGAUGAAAACAGCGUUGGAUGCGUCGGAUGACGAUAGUUCUUCUAGCAGUUGCUUGAAUGAGACUGUAGAGAAGUUCGGUGGAAUUGCUCUCCAGGAGGCAUCCAGGGAAUAUGGUAUGAAGAAGCCCAAACCAAGGAAGAGCAACUCUUUAGCUUCCAGAAAUAAUUGGUCAUCGACUAUAGAUGACCUUAUGCUCGUAAAGGAUCCUAGAUCUGGUUCUGCGAAAAAGAAGCAUGUUGCUAAGUUUCCUCGAUCUUGGCCUAUGGAGGAUCAAAAGAGUAAAUAUUCCAGAAACUUUCCUGGUACCAAAAAGAAACAUCGUAAAGAAAUGCUUGCUGUGAAGCGCCGGGAGAGGAUGCUGCUCCGGGGUGUUGAUUUGGAGAAAAUAAACUCGAAACUAGAGCAGAUUGUGUUGGGUGGAGUAGAUAUGUUUUCUUUUCAACCUAUGCAUUCCCGCGAUUGUUCCCAGGUGCAACGGUUAGCUGCGAUAUAUCGCUUGCGAAGUGGCUGCCAAGGUUCUGGAAAGAAAAGAUUUGUAACAGUGGUGCGAACACAACACACUUGCAUGCCAUCGUCCAAUGACAAACUUCGCCUGGAAAAGCUGAUAGGUGCUGGCAAUGAGGAUGCUGAUUUUGUUGUGACUGAGGGCUCCAACGUAAGAUCUGGAGGUAGAAACAGGGUAAAGAAGACUGCUAAGGGCAGUGGUGAAGCAAGUGAGAAGAAACAGAAUGGAAAAAAGAGUUCAUAUGCCAAUCAACCCAUGUCAUUUGUAUCAAGUGGUACAAUGCAAUCAGAUGCUGUUGAGAUUACAGCCGUUGAUUCACAAGAGAUGGAUGAAAAUCGUAAAAAUAAAGGCGUAGUUGGCACCACAAGCUAUGGUUCAUUUGAGGUACACACUAAGGGAUUUGGAUCUAGAAUGAUGGCUAAAAUGGGAUUUAUUGAAGGUGGAGGGUUAGGAAAGGAUGGUCAAGGUAUGGCAGAGCCCAUUGAAGCUGUCCAACGCCCUAAAUCGCUGGGAUUGGGUGUGGAAUUCUCUAACUCCAGUGACGACCCAGCAAGGACCAAAUCCCAAAAGAUGGAAGUCCAUGGUGGUGACUCAAUAAGGAACAAGUCCCAAAAGAUUGGAUCUUUUGAAAGGCACACAAAGGGAUUUGGAUCAAAGAUGAUGGCAAAGAUGGGUUUCGUGGAAGGCAUGGGCUUAGGCAAAAGUUCACAAGGGAUAGUCAAUCCUUUGGUAGCUGUCAGGCAACCAAAAUCUCGAGGAUUAGGUGCCAAAGGUUAGGUAUCAUAUAAUUCAUUGAAAUUUAACAUUUCUAAGUUCACUCAGAUUUAUUUUUAGUUCCUUGUAAAUGAGCUAAUUGUGGCACUUUACUUCCAUUAUCAUCAAUGUGCAAGAUUAUCAUAUCUUUUGCUUUCAUUUCUUAUUUUAUGCUGCCACAUGUUCUUUCAAAGAUGAUGCACAGUAAUGUAAAUAUUCUAAUCACUUUGAAUAAAUAUUGGACCUUUGAAUUACCUUA